AUGCGCAUUGGUGAUGGUGUUGAACCUACCAAACCAGAUGACAUGGUGAGGUUACCUUCACAGAUUGCAGUCCCAUGGGAAGGUGACCAUUCCAUACAAGUGCUUAUACAACAUAUUUUUCCUGAUUUAGAAUUACAUUGUUGGGAUGCCCUUUAUAUGGUACAAAUAGCUAUUUUGACCCCAACAAACGAUGAUGUCCAAAAAUUGAAUGAUAUAAUUAUUGACCAGUUUCCAAGAGAAGAACAUAAUUUGUUAUCAUUUGACGAGGUUGGAGGGGAUAAUAAUAAUUUAUACCAGCAAGAAUUCUUAAACUCAAUUGCACAAGGUAGUUUGCCACCAUAUAUUCUAAAGAUAAAAAGGGUGCACCAUUGA